CAGAUCUGCUGGCAGAACUAUGAGCUCCCGGAUGUCCACUGAAAUGAAAGUGAAACAGCUAUAACCUGUUUUGAAUGCAGAAGAGCUAUGCUCUCUUUGGGAUAUGGAACAAUAAGUGGAACCUGUCGCUUAUGCCUCCGCUACUCGGUUAGGUUUUGUGCAACUAACACUAAAACGAAGCACAACAAGGAGUCGGUUUUGGGAUCAGAAACUAGAGCGAAUGCCAAUCUCGAUGAAGCAUUUGGCAAAUCAGUCCGCAAUCAGAACUCGCAAGUGUCAUCACAAGGGGAUCUAUUGCAGUACUCGAAACUAUUUGUGCCUAAACCAGAUGAAGGCAUCACACAGCCAAACCCUUGUGCCAUUGAGCCAUCACAAGAGUCUUUUGAGACGAAAUUAUCAGAAAAAACAGUUAGCAACCCUCAAUGGACGCCUGUUGGGAGACCUAAUUCGCCUAAGGCACUGUUGAAAGAGGUGCUCGCCUUGGGCAAAAUUCGCCUCACUUCUUUAGUAGUUCUCUCUUCGAUGGGUGGAUUUGCAAUAGCACCAGUGGAUUUAUCAUUUUACACUUUCUCUGGACUGUCACUGGGAGUUCUGAUGACCUCGAUGUGUGCCAAUUCCAUCAACCAGUUUCUAGAAGCGCCAUACGAUGCACAAAUGGUGCGCACACAAAACAGACCUCUAGUGAAGCGUUCUCUCACGCCUCAGACUGCGCUGCUAUUGGCCUCUCUGUUUGGAGUGAGUGGCACAUGUAUCCUCCUCUCCACCACCAAUCUCACCACUGCCCUUCUGGGAGUGACUAACAUCCUCCUAUACACCUGUGUGUACACUCCCCUCAAACGGAAGAGUGUAGUUAACACGUGGGUGGGCAGUCUAGUCGGUGCCCUCCCUCCUCUCAUGGGGUGGACUGCAGCCACAGGUUCCCUAGCCUGUCCUGCAGCCUUGGUGAUGCCAUUAGUGCUUUACUCGUGGCAAUUCCCCCACUUCAACGCCCUCAGCUGGAAUUUGAGGGGGGACUACUCCAGAGCGGGAUAUCAGAUGAUGUCAGUGACUGAUCCUGCCCUUAGCAAACGAGUCGCCUUCAGACACACAUUACUGCUGUUCCCAAUCUGCCUUGCUGCUCCACUUAGUGGACUCACAAUGUGGUUCUUUGCCUUUGAUUCCUCAAUUUUGAAUGCCUAUUUUGCCUAUUUGGGAUAUCAGUUUUACAAACAUGGAGACUCCAAAUCGGCAAGGGCUCUGUUUCGAUUCUCCUUAAUCUACUUGCCCCUGGUGGUUGGACUAAUGCUCUGUUCGAAGUAUUGGGACUGUUUCAUGAUCUUCAAGGAUGCCAAGCAAUUGUCGAUUACAGACCCGAGAACAUAUCAUGUGUCAAGACCAAAUAAAGUUGAUCAGAAAUUAGAAAGAAAAUCUGUAACGAUGUCCCAAGCUGAAACAACUUGAUCAUGCCUUCAUUGAUUGUUUUUUAAUAGAACUAACCUUAACAUCUUUACUUUGAAAACUGUUAGAUCUGUUCAAUGCUAUUACUGUAAUUCACAGAGCAAUUGAAGGGGUGUUUCCAUCUAAAAGUUGGGAACACUAAGAAUUUGUAAGAAUGAACUCAUGUUUCUCAAUAAGAUCCAACUAAGGAGGACUUAAUGAUCUAAGUUAAUGGUAAAAGUUUAUGAUGAAAACGAAAGCUGGAGAUCUAUACA